CUGGGCGGAGGGGCCCCCGGGUGCCGGGCUGGGGCCGGCGCGGGGAGGGGGAAAGGGAUGGGGGGGCGGGCGCAGAGGACGGCGGAGCCGGCCGGACACGGACUGUUCCGUUGCUCCCUCCCUCAGCUCAUCCCCGCGUCCCCACUUCCCUCCUCCCCUCGCUCCGAGCAGCAUCCUCUGCAGACCCUCGGUCCUCAUUCCCGGGGUCGUCCGGCUCCCGCGGCUCCGUGUAAUUACCCCUCUUCACUGGCCAACCCGGGAACUUUCUCCGCCCGCUCCCGGCCGUGGGGGGUCGCUUUGCCUGGGCGGAUUUUUCCUGGGGCUCACUGGGGGGCAGUCUCUGGAGAAGGGCCUCAGGGUUCCAGAGAGACGUCUGCCACCUGCAACCUGCCCCCAGCGGGCCUGCCGUCGGGUCUUGGCACCCUCUCUUCCGCUCUCCCCCAACCAUGACCGAAAUGAGCGAGAAGGAGAACGAACCGGAUGACGCGGCCACCCACACCCCCCCGGGGACCGUCUCUGCCCUCCAGGAAACCAAGCUGCAGCGGUUCAAGCGCUCGCUUUCCCUCAAGACCAUCCUCCGAAGUAAGAGUGUGGAGAACUUCUUCCUUCGCUCAGGCUCUGAGCUCAAGUGCCCCACUGAGGUGCUGCUGACCCCCCCAACCCCGCUGCCCCCUCCCUCCCCACCACCGGCAUCUACAGACGGGGGCCUGCCGACUCCGGCCCCCUCCCCCUGCCCCAUCCCACGGCCCCUGGCACCACUCAAACCAGUAAGACUACACAGCUUCCAGGAACACGUCUUCAAGAGAGCCAGCCCCUGUGAGCUCUGCCACCAGCUCAUCGUGGGAAACUCCAAGCAGGGUUUGCGGUGUAAGGCGUGCAAAGUGAGUGUCCACCUCUGGUGCUCGGAGGAGGUCUCCCAGCAGCCGUGCCCCGGCAAGGCGUCCUCCUCCUUCCGUCGCAAUUUCAGCUCCCCGCUCCUGGUGCAUGAGCCACCCCCAGCCUGUGUCACAAGCAGAGAGUCCCCACCCACUGGGGCCAGCGGGAAGGUAGACCCCGUCUACGAGACCCUGCGCUAUGGCACCUCCUUGGCUCUGAUGAACCGCUCCAGCUUCAGCAGUACCUCUGAGUCCCCCACGCGAAGCCUGAGUGAGCGGGACGAGCUGACUGAGGAUGGGGAAGGCAGCAUCCGCAGCUCAGAGGAGGGCCCUGGAGACAGUGUAUUCACAGCCCCGGCCGAGAGUGAAGGGUCAGGACCGGAGGAGAAGAGCCCCAGACAGCAGCCCCCCAAGCCCCCUCUGCGAAAGGACGUGGGGCCCAUGUACUCCUACGUCGCGCUCUACAAGUUUCUGCCCCAAGAGAAUAAUGACCUGGCUCUGCAGCCUGGGGACCGGAUCAUGCUGGUGGAUGACUCUAACGAGGACUGGUGGAAGGGCAAGAUUGGCGACCGGGUUGGCUUCUUCCCAGCCAAUUUUGUGCAGCGAGUCAGGCCAGGUGAGAACGUUUGGCGUGGCUGCCAACCCUUCUCUGGGAACAAGGAACAGGGGUACAUGAGCCUCAAGGAGAACCAGCCGGGGCGUCCGGCCAGCUCAUCUCACAGGUCAGCCCCGAAGAGCCGCUCAGCGUCUGCUGAUGUCCUGAUCUCGCUGCCGAGCCCAGUUACCCUCAGGGGAUCUGCUCCCAUCGCCUCAGCUGAUGUCUCCAACCACAUCUGAUCCUGGUCCCAUCAUCCCCUGGGGUGGCCCCUGGGAGCCAUCAGCAGGACUCGGGGCCAGGGCUGUAGGCAGAGCCAGGACUCAGCUCCGUGUCUCUCCCACUCAGAUCUGUGUGGGCGCGGGCAGGAGCAAGGAUGCUGACGGCUUCAUCCGCGUCAGCAGCGGCAAGAAGCGGGGCUUGGUGCCAGCCGACGCCCUGACCGAGAUCUGAGAGGAGCCAAGAGAAGCCAGAUGCCACCCCUGCCCAUGCCUGGCGCUUGCUUCUGGCCCCGGAGGGGAACAGGCAUCUGCCCACACUCUUCUGCCCCCUGCCUCUCUCCUAGGGGCCACUCCCCGGCACUUGGGAGCCUUCUGCACUGAGGAAGGUUUUAUUUCUUGGGUCCCAAGGUGCCCUGAGGGAGUUGCUCCUCUGGGACUUGGGCAUGAGGAAGGAGGAGAAAGUGGGAGGGAAUGGGGAAGCUCCAGGUAGGUCCAGCCAAUGCCCGGAUACCCCCAGUUGCCGCGCUGACUGCAGCCCCGGGGAGGGGGGCGUUCCUGGGGAACUUUCCUGCUGCUUUGUCCAGAGAGCCUUCCCACGUCCACACCGCCUUUGCAUGCCCGAUGCCAUCCCCCUCUCCCCACAGAGCCCCUGCUUGGGUCUAUGCGUGUGACCCUGCGGCUGCCCCUUUGGAAGGAAGCGGGGCCUUGGGAAGGUGCCUUCCCGAGUCCCCGCAGCCCCCCAGCGCCCGGGGUUGGGAGGCGAUUCAGGGCUGCAGGAGGAUCCUGAGUCCACCUCCUGGUUUCACCACCUCUGUCACUCCAUCAAUUCUCAGGAAAGUUCUGUGGGAAUCUCUCCCCUUACUUGAAACCCAGGCAGACAGAGGAGGGGGGGGAGGGCCAUGUUCUGGGGAAAGCGUGGGUAAAUCAGAGACUGUCUCCUCAAGAACAGUCACCACAGAGCAGCCUCAUCGUGUCCUUGUCCCCUGGAGAAGGACCCUCCAGAGCAGCCUGCACACAGAAACCCGACUGAGCCCGUACUUGGUCAGAACCCCCAUUUCACUGUCAGGACUCUCUCGAAGUCCCCGGUGGCAGGGCCAGCCAGCCCGGGGAGCUGUGCUUACUUCCUGUCCCAGGUCUCACGAGGCCCACCCUGGGAGCCCCACCCUCAGGGCCCCCCUCCAUAUGGCCCUUCCUCACCCCCUUCCUCUGAGCCUUGCAGGAAACACUGGGACCCCUUCUUCAGUGCAGGGAUCCCUCUUCUGGCUGUAUCUGCGCCCUUAUCCUGGACACGGAGUCCUGGGAGGAAGAGGGAGUGGGAGAUGGUCAAGGCAGGCCCAUCAUUCUGUUUGGCCACGAGGAAAGGAAUGGGGUAGGCACCCUGGGGGUGGGGUGGGCACAUAGGAGGAGGACCCCUCCGUCGCAGGUUGCUUUUCUCUGGUGCCAACCUCCCUCUCCCCCCAAGCUCAGAGCCUCAUCUCGUGCCCUUGAUUGUGCCAGCCAAUGCCAGCCCCCAUCCCGGGCACAGUCACACCCUCCCAUACAGGGGGAGGGACACAUCCUCCUACCCACUGGCCCCGGCUCCACUUCUCCCCCUCGGAGGGGGGCUCAAGCCACACUGCCCUGUUUGCUGCCACGGGCCCCCCCCCAGCAAUAUCCCAGGGGGGUCCCAAUGCCCACUGUACAUGAGGCUGCAUGAGGGGUCUGCUGGGGCAUUGCUGAGCCCCUAGACCCUUAAAUAAAUGUUUCUGG